CUCAACGAUAUGGCAAUACUGGAUAUCAACACGUGCGGUUUGUUUAUAAUUUCAACUGCAAUUUAAAAUUGCAAAACACCAGCACCAUGAAGUUCUCGUAUAAAUUUUCGAACUUGUUGGGCACAAUAUACCGGAAUGGCAACUUGGUGUUCACGCCAGAUGGAAAUUCGGUCAUUAGUCCUGUGGGCAACAGAAUAACUGUAUAUGAUCUUAAGAACAACAAGUCACGAACUUUAAGCCUGGAGUCACGAUACAAUUACACAAACAUCGCCCUGUCCCCGGAUGGAAGUCUUUUAAUUGCUGUCAACGAGCAGGGCCAGGCCCAAUUAAUUAGCAUGGUGUCCUGUACAGUGAUACAUCGCCACAAGUUCCAGACCGGUGUGCAGUGUAUUUGUUUUAGUCCGAAUGGUCAAUAUUUUGCUGUGGCCCGCGAGAAUUUGGUGUUGAUAUUCUGCUCUCCUGGAGAAAUCACAGGCGAAUACAAUCCAUUUGUUCUAAAAAGAAGCUUUAUAGGUGGCUAUGAUGACAUUACCUGGUUGGAUUGGUCCACAGAUUCAAAACUGCUUGCCAUUGGGUGUCGUGACAGUUCCACCAAAAUAUGUGGCAUCAAUUAUAUGAAGAAUUUCCGCACAUACAAUAUAAGUGGGCACACGGAUGCAAUUGUCGCCUGUUUUUUUGAGGCCAAUAGUUUCCACUUGAAUACCAUAAGUCGGAAUGGACAACUGUGUCUUUGGGAGUGCUCUUUGGCGCCAUCGGAUUUAGAAGAAGAUGAAAAGCCUACAAAAGCUAAAAAGAACAAGAAAUCCCGAGACUCCGAUAAUGAAUCCGAAGAUGAUGUUGAAAACGCUGUUGAAAAAACACAGACAGAUUCGUCAGAUGUUCCUGGUGAUCUGAAUGAACUUGAAGACAAAGACGUGAAGAAAACUCAUCCUUUCUUGUAUAAAAAGUUGGCUCGCCAUUAUUUGGCCAAUGAGCCACGUAAGGAACAACGGGAUGCUCUUCUAACUGCCGCCAAUUACAAUCGACGUACCAAAGUCCUGGUCACGGCAUUUAGCACUGGCGCCUUCUAUCUGUACGAAUUGCCUGAUGUGAAUAUGAUUCAUUCACUGAGCAUUUCCGACUAUCCAAUCUCGGCCGCUCUGUUUAACUGCACUGGAGAUUGGGUGGCACUCGCUUCCCGGGAGAUUGGUCAACUUCUGGUGUGGGAAUGGCAAAGUGAACAGUACAUAAUGAAACAACAGGGGCACAGCAGUGAAAUGAUUUGCAUAGCGUACUCCUCUGAUGGUCAGUACAUUGCCACCGGAGGCGAAGACUCAAAGGUAAAACUGUGGAAUACACAGAAUAGUUUCUGUUUUGUCACCUUCAGUGAGCAUACAAGCGGAGUGACCGGCGUACAGUUUAGCCGUAACAAAAAGUUUUUAGUAAGCAGUUCUCUGGAUGGCACAGUGCGAGCAUUUGACAUAACCAGAUAUCGAAAUUUUCGAACGUUCACCUCUCCGAAUCCAGCUCAAUUUGCCUGUGUGGCUGUAGACUAUUCAGGCGAACUAGUUGUAGCUGGUGGCCAGGAUAUCUUUGAGAUCUAUUUGUGGUCCGUGAAGACGGGCAAGUUGUUGGAGAUUAUCAGCGGUCAUGAGGGUCCGGUCUCCUCCUUGGCCUUCUCCCCAGUUGCCACUUCUACCACAUUGGUAUCUGGCUCCUGGGAUAAAACAAUCAAGAUAUGGAAUUGUUUGGAAAGCAAUAGUGAGCAUGAAACCAUCGAUGCUCUGGUGGAUGUUACAUGUGUGGCAUUUAAUCCAAAUGGAGAAGAGGUUGCUGUUGCCACUUUAAGUGGAAAUAUUACGAUAUUUGACGUCAAAUCUGCUACACAAUUGAUUACGAUUGAAGGACAGAAGGAUCUUAGUAGUGGACGUCUGGAAACCGAUAUUAUAACUGCCAAAAAGAAUGCUCAGGCCAACUACUUCUCCACCAUUGAGUACUCAGCUGAUGGAGAAUGCAUUUUAGCUGCUGGCAAGUCGCCGAACAUUUGCAUUUAUCAUGUGAAGGAAGCCAUUCUUCUCAAGAAAUUCCAAAUCACUCAGAAUUACAGCUUAGAUGGACUAAAUGAUUUCAUCAGUCGCAAGCAUAUGAGUGAAUUUGGCAAUAUGAGCUUGGUGGAACAGCGUGAGGAAUUGGACAAUCAAAAAGUGGCCAUACGAUUGCCAGGAGUUCGUAAGGGCGACAUGUCGUCUCGACGUUUUCAGCCAGAAGUUCGAGUUUUCGCAGUGAAAUUCUCACCCACUGGCCAGGCGUUUGCUGCAGCUGGCACAGAAGGACUUUGUAUAUAUGCCUUGGACAAGGGAGUCGUCUUCGAUCCAUUUGAUUUGUCCUUGGAGGUCACUCCGAAAGCUACACAUCAGGCUCUCCGCAAGAUGGACUAUUCAAAGGCCUUAGUUAUGUCCUUGAAAUUAAAUGAACCCAAUUUGAUAGCCUUAGUGCUAGAGCGUGUCCCUUACAGAGAUAUUGAAUUGCUCUGUGCCGAUCUGUCGCCAGAGUUUGCCCAGCGAUUGAUGCAAUUCUUGGCCCGCCAGCUUCAAACGACGCCCCACCUUGAGUUCUAUAUGCAAUGGAGUUGCUGCUUAUUGACCGCACAUGGGAAUCGCGAUGGUGUUUUCCAGCACACAGGUUUGCUGGCUCUACAUGAGAGCAUGUCCAGGAAAUACGAAAUGCUGAAUAAAAUCUGCGACUAUAAUAAAUACACUCUGAAGGUUUUGCUGAAUAAUGCCGACAGAAGAGAGAAACAGAAUGAGGGCAAGGACACUGCUCCAAGCGAGGAGGACAGUGACGAUGAAAUGCUGCUCAUACGAACACAAGAAGAUGAAGCGAUGCAAGUCCAAUUUGAAGAAGAUAACGUGAGCGAUCAAACUGACCAGGAAGAAGAAGACGAAGACGAAUAAUUAAAUGUUGUAUAUAUGAGUAAAUAUAUGCAAUGUUUUUAUUAAGAUAAAUUUAAAGCUUUGUCAAUAACAAUAACUUAAAAGAUGAAAAAAUAUAUGUUAUGUAUCGAUAUCAACCUA